CUUCCUCGACCGCUUAGCGCCUGGGGAAGUGCGAAACCAUCCGCCAGUGGGUAAAGAUUGCUCGGUUUCUAUCGUCGUAGUGGUAGCGUUGCCACGGCGCUCGGCUAGCGGCAGAAGGGUCCAGCGCUCUCGCUCGCGGUGUUUUAGAGGCGUGCUUCGCUAAAACACCCAACCCACCGGCACAGCAAUGGAUAAGGACGAGUUGGUUCAGCGGGCCAAGCUUGCGGAGCAGGCCGAGCGGUACGACGACAUGGCGGCCGCCAUGAAGCAGGUCACAGAAACGGGCGUGGAGCUCAGCAACGAGGAGCGCAACCUGCUCUCUGUCGCCUACAAAAACGUCGUCGGUGCCCGGCGGAGCUCGUGGCGGGUCAUCUCGAGCAUAGAGCAGAAGACCGAAGGUUCGGAGCGCAAGCAGCAGAUGGCCCGGGAGUACCGGGAGAAAGUGGAGAAGGAGCUACGUGAGAUCUGCUACGACGUGCUGGUGAGUAGCACUGCCUCUUCUGCCGCUUCAUGGCCGCCGUCGAAGGGGGAGGGCGGGCGCGUUAGGCCUAGCGCCUCCGCGUUCGCCGGUGCUGCUGCAGUGUUCGCUGUGUCGCGCCGUGUUUUUUGCUCGUCCGCGGCCGCACCGAGGGCUGGGCGUGCCCCGGUCGCAGUGUUUUUGCGCUGCGCGUGUACGAUUGCGCGGCGCGUAUUGCGACGGCCGCCGGCUCGCCUCGCCAGCGCCCGGCGUAGCCAUUUCGGGAGAGCGUUUCGGGCGGGGAAAAAUAGUCCGGCGCUGAGCCGGCGUCGGCCAGGUGUGCGUUUCCGUCUGGGCGCUGGUUAAGCGGCGGCAGUGCAC